GAUUACCAGUCCAGCACUGAUAGUAAAUAAUAGCGAUGCUGAGCCACACGCCAAACCAGUUGGUGGCGCUAAUGCACCAAUUUGUUUUUGUUUGCCUACCGCACAAAAAAAGAAGAAGAAGAAGAAGACGAAGAAGACGCAGGUAGUUUUCCUCAGAGCUCCUGAAGUUGUCAACACCACUUCGGAGAUAGCGGAGGACAAGAGAGACGUUUGUACACCGAAGCUCCUACUCCGUUUUCUGGCUCCUAGCGUGAGCUAGCGGCAGCAGCAGCUAGCAGCAGCAGCUAGCAGCGUUAGCGCCGUAGCUAACUGAAUGCCAGCGGCCUGGCUACUGUCCAGACCAGACAAACGAUUUGAACAAUUACCCUCCAGUUAAAUGUGGAGUUGUAUUGAUAAGCCUCUCAAGUCCUGGAGCUCUCAACGUUAUUGUUUUUUCUCUGGCGACGUUGAGUUGUUACUCGUCUAAUCUGCCAUUUUCAUCUCUGUGGAUACAUUUUUUUAUUAUUAUUAUUUUUUUUAUUGUACAAAAUUCAAAUACAAACAGUUAAGGCAUAGUUUCAAUUGUACAAAAACGACUUCCGUGUUGGUAGCUCUGAGGACGGUAUUCUCUUCCCCGUUUUGACUACCCAAUGGGUGACGCUGUUCCUUUGUGCCGUAAAUCAAGUCGUAAUUUUUCCGAUGGUGAAAGAAAGGCUUAUUGGCCAGGGGGUCAAUAUAAGCGCAUAUCUUUUCCGUCCCCAUUACACUAUGCAGUCACAUUUAGCAUCAUAAUGACACGUCCAAGACAAACAAGUUUUCUUUUCCGUACUUUUUCAACACGUAUUAUUAAUACACGUUGGAUCCCAGAAUAGUGAUGUAACACAAGUGUCAGUACAUAACUGCCUUGGCAAAGCCCGGUCGCCGGGAUACGAGGAGGAGAUCGUCGGAGCCAAGUGAGGAAUAUGAGUCAGUCGAGCGGCGCUGUGAACGGAGGCGUGCAGCCUCGGCCAACUGUAGCAUGCCGACACCAGCAGGAGGGGGACUCCUCCUCCUCCGCGGCUCGCGAUCGACUUCGAGGGAGGAGGUGUUGGUUGUCAUGACAACCCUCACAAACACCGACCAUCACUUCCCCCUCACACACCCACCACCGCCGCGUCCAUCUCCCUCCCUCCCUCCCUCCCCUCCCUCCCUCCAGCACGCUGUAGACUCGCUCCAGGCGCAUUGCUUCUCUCUCUCUCUCUCCCUCUCUCUCUCUCUCUCUCGUUUUCUGCAGGCACUGUUUUUGGACCCCAGUGUCCCUCAGUGGCCAUCGUCCGACUGCCGGUCUGCAGAGAGAAGCCCCCGCCCCCACCUCCCCGGUGCGUGCUCGGUGUACCGGGGGAGCACAGGCAUGCCAUCUGCCCUCGACCGGCAGCACCGUUGUCUGGGCCGGAAUUCGCUGCACCAUUUGACCGGAUCCCAAAGUUGCUGCAAUGGAGACUUCGGGCAGUGAUGCAGCUCUCGCAUACGUGGGCAGAGCUGAGGACAGGGACGGAUAUUACGACCCGGAACAUCUGCCUCCGCUGCUGGAGGAUGAGGAGAAUGUAUCUCUGGCAGACAUCCUUUCUUUGCGGGACAGCUGUUUGUCUGAGGAGGAGGUGUGGGCCGUGUGUGCAGAGUGUGUUGUGGCCAUGCAGAGCAUCAGACCCUCCCACCUCUUCCACAGCCUGUGUAUAACACCAGACACACUGGCCUUCAAUGCCCAUGGGAAUGUUUGCUUCAUGGAGCAGCUCAGUGACGAUCCAGAAGGCUCCUUUGUGCCUCCUGAGUUUGACAGCACAGGCAGCACGUUUGAGGGCCAUGUUUACUCUCUGGGCUCAACGCUUUCUGCCGCACUGAAUUUUGUCAUUGAGCCGGAGCUGGAGGCCGAGCUGGGAGAAGAAAUCCAGAAGCUGUUGGAGCAGAUGCAGGAGGAGAAUCCUGAGGACAGGCCACUCCUGCAGGAUGUCGUGUGUCUGGCUGAAGCACGGCUGUGUCAUACCUCCUCUGCAGCUGUGUGCCGGAAACUGUCCUCCAUUGGGCGACGGGUGCUUUCCAUUGAAUCAGUUUCAACGUUUCAAGAUGGACAGGAAGGCUCCUGGGAGGCAAGGUGGCAGCAUCCGACACCCAGAUGUCUACCUAGAAGACUGAGCUCGGAUAAUAAUACCGAUGACCUGUGCAGUGACAGUUCUGUUAAGGCAAAUGGUCUGUCCAGGCAGCAGGUGUGUGGGGGCUGGGACUCCUCUCUCUGGGCAGAGGACAUGGACACCAGCGAAGGAGACGGCAUGAUCUUGGCAGAUGACAUGGACUGCAGGUCCCACAACAGCUCACCAGUGAGGAGGAGAGCCCAGCAGAGGGUGAACAGGGUGAGAGGGGCCCUGAACCGCUCCUGCUCUGUCCCAGACUCCAACAACCCCCCCUGCCUCUCCCCUCCAACGCACGGAGACAUCAGCGUACCGGUAUCCGACCUCACUGAGAUAGGAGCAGACGAACACUUGAGCUGCGAGUCCGUGUGGAGUAACAGACUUCAAAGACUCAACCGGGGCAUGUCCUGUGAAUCUUACCGACAUAGCAGCAAUGAGGAUUACGCAAAUUUAGCUGUGGAUACCCAAAUGUCACAAGAAAACCAGGAUGCUGCAGAGACUUCGUGCAGUGGAGAAGCAAGGGGUCAAGAGUGGCAUGAAUGUGAAUCUAAGGGCUGUAUCCAGGAUUUAGCAUUUCCCUGUGCUCCCUGUCAGGACCUGGAAAUGGCACAAGAAUCUUGUGGGGACCAGAGCUCAUUUGACCACAGCCUCUACAUUCCUAAUAACCACAUGACCAAAAGCAUGCUGUGCCUGAAUGAAGAAUGUCAGGAUGAGUGGAUCUCUCUCAGAGAGCUGCUCACCCGUUGUGGACGGAGGCUGACGGUCAAUGAGCUGUGGGCUCUGUGUUACGCCUGUCUCUCCUCGCUGCAGACCUACAUUGACUUUCCAGCCUAUUUAUGCCUGGACACAUUGUAUGUGGGCUGCGAGGGAGAGGUGCUUUUCUUGAAACCUAAAAACAUUGAAUGCUUUGCAGGACCCCGAGAUGAAUUUUAUCUCGCCCCUGAGUAUCAAGAGCAUGGUAUUGUGACUGAAAAGGUUUGUGUGUAUGGCGUCGCUGCUAUUCUCUGGUCCACGGCCAAGUUCGGUUUGUCACCUACUCAAAAACUGGCGAUGCCUCGCAAACUGAAGAGACUGCUCCUGGAGAUGGCAAAGAGGACGCCCAUUGAAAGACCCACCAUCAUCAUGGCUAAAAAGAGCUGUCGUGACUACUUAUCACAUCAAGGGACCAAUGCUGAGACCAUAUGGAACAACCUCAUCAGCAGAAUUCACCCGCCGGUCUCAGAAUCCCCUAAAGCAGAAGAUGUGAGUGCAACUGCAAUCCAUCAAAGCUCAUAUGAAGAGUCUGAACAAAACAGUGGCUUUGUGCCCAUGGCCACUGAGAGCCGACUGGCUCCUGUGCCUGGCCCUGUUCCCCACAGCUAUCAAGCAAGCAAGGGACUCCAACUCCCAGAAGCCUUCACUUCCACUGCCACACACUUCACCCCCAUUGUCCUGACCAACGAAGGGGACUCAGAGGAGGAGAGCCAAAACCUUGGAGCUGGCGUUGAAGGGGAUGUGGAUGGAUUUAGAAAAACCAGUGGAAACAUCAAGGAGGGGGAUGUGGAUUUCUUUCCACACUCUGAGUGCCCAUACCCAGCACAGACUGAAUCCACUCUACGUACAGAGGAGCUGCCCGUUAAUCAGGCAGUCAUAACUUCUGCAACUUCCAGCAACAAGAUACUGGUCCACUCUUCUUCUAUUCUCUCUGAUAUUUCUUGUAUUGAAGUGUUUCUUCCUCCACCAUUAUCCACUAACCUCAAUGGUUGUGGUGUCUUUAACAAUUACCUCUUUUGUCAGGAUCCUACUACAGGACAUCUUUCUUUAGUGCCUGUACAGGUCCGGGCUCCCGAGUCCCUCCUCGGGUUGGAUAUAAAUCUUACCCUGGUCCCACAGCCUUUGCAAGGAUUGAUCACAGUUCCAGAGAACUCUGAAGGCCCGUUUGUUAACUGUCGGAGGGUGCCUGUGAGCUCCGGACCCCAGGAAUAUGACCCACCAUCAUAUUUCAGCGGUAGCUCCAUCAUUUCUGGCAGCCCCCUGGAGCACAGUGUGACCAGAGCUCUACAUGGACAAAAAAAUCCAGGAACACAAGUCGAAAACCAGUUUCCUUCAGAGUCCAUCUCCCACAAAGUCCACCCGGCCUUGCAGGAGGUGAUUGACCUGCUCAAGGGAGAGUUUUCACUUGAUGGGUAUUCAGAUGACGGACAAGAGGACAUCGCCAUGGGGGAGUACAUCUUCUCCUUGAAGGAGCUCCAGUACCACACGUUUGCCAGUGUUGUGAAGGGGAGGUUCAGUGACCUGUACUGGGAAGAUGACUUGCUAGGUGUUUUACACUGCAUGGUCAACUACAGUCCGUCCACACUCGGCUCUAAUGAGCAGUCUCCAUCAAAGGCUGGUGAAAGGGUAGACCUUACCCCACCCUUGAUUGCAACUGCGAGGAGAGAGAAAAGAAAGGUUUGCCUGUACGGCCAUCUUGAUCUGAAUGGAAACAUUCACAUUUCCAGUCCUGCGUCUGUAGAUUCUUGGGAUGAAUCCGAGGCCCAGUCAGGUCAUGAAGAGAAGGAGACGAGUCAACAGUGCAUCAGUGGAGGCGUGAGCACGGACAGUUCAGACACACAGGUCAUGGAGGGAGGAGAUCAUUCAGUGGGGGGCAGCGAUGAAAGCCCCUCUGAAGCUGAGUUUUUGUCGGGAAGAGAGGAAGGGCUGCUGGGAGCCCACGACGAUGAGCAGAUGAGACCCGACUGCUGGGAGGACAUGGAGGACAGUGAUUCCCUGGUGUCAGAGCAGCUCCUCUUCCCCGGAACCAGAGCAGGGGGACCGGGCCUCAGCUUAAGCCCCGCCUGGCCCUUGGCCUUUUUCGGAGAAGAGUGUUUUGGUCCAGAGGUGAUACAGUACGCAAUGAAUCUGGGACGGCACUCGGGAUCGCCAUGUCUCGAUGUGAAAACACAGGAACUGCAGCAGCAGCUGAUAAUUGAAACAAGGAACCUGAAGAAAACUAGAAAUUUCUACCAGAAGCUCAUUCAACAAGAGAGAAAAAAUAAAGGUUCUGGGAGCAAACUGAUGGUGUCCAAACUCCGGUCCCAGCUUGAGGAACUUAGAUCAAAAGUGGCCUUCUUGGACUGUGUAAAGAAUUACCUUGAGAUUCUGAGCGUGGAGCAGUGGGGGUUGGAGGUUUCAUUACUACCCUCUUUGGCCGUCUCUGGACCAGGUUCUUUGGACCUCCAAUCCUCUGAGGACCCUUCUGUUCUGAACUUUGGCACCAGCAAAGGGCAUAGAACUCUGCAGGCUGGGUCUCCUCUUGGCCUCAUGGCUUACCUCUACACCAGAAAUGCUGCCGUGGAGGGCUACAUCCAGCAGUUCCUGUAUAUCUAUCGUUUCUUCUGCACUCCUGAGCAGUUACUGCAGUUCAUAAUGGAUAAAUUCAUCAGUACUGCAAGAGAAGGUCCAGAUGUGUCUGGAGACAGGGAAAAGAUCUUCCAUCGCAGUUUGGACCUGCUCCAGUUCUGGAUAACAGACUGUCAACAGGUGGACUUCACACCAAAGUCCAGCCUUGUGGAUACAUUAGAAAACUUUCUCAAUACCAAGGUAAUUCCUGUAGACAGCCGGGGGCAGAACCUUCUUGCUGCUCUCCACAGCCCACCCAGUACAAGUUGGAACCACGGAAGAGGAAGCCUAGUCAGCAUUGAGGAGGAGGAUGACUCUGUGUGCUUGCAUUCAUCUACUGAGGAUCUUGGCAGAAAGUGGCGGAUCUCCAGAGUAGUGGAGCCCUCUGCGUCCAUGCCUAAAGAGAAGACCUUCUCCAUAGCUGCAGCUUUGCCUAUGCCUUGCUACGGCGCCCUGGUGGAUGACCCCGCCAACAUCUCCCUGCACAGUGAGGAGCAACUGCCAUUCAGCCAGAAUGAAUACAGUACACAGCACAUAGCCCAACAGCUCACCCUCCUGCAGCAGGAAAUGUUCCAAGGAUGUCAUCCGGUUCAUUUCCUCAACUCCAGAGUAAAAGGAAUCAGCGACAAAGUCUCGAUCCCAAACAAGUGUCCCUCCAUCUGUCUUAUUAGGAAUGUGUCGCAGCACAUCCCGCCAGCAGAGAGCAGCAGUCUGCACGUAUGUGAGGGGACGUCGUCAGACAGCCACCUGCAGCGGCUGCUCGCAUAUGCGUCCAGUGUCACUAACUGGAUCUCCUCGGAAAUAGUCAUCUGUGACUCUGCCAAGGCACAAGUGGCUUUGGUGACCAAGUAUCUGUGGGUCGGAAAACACUGCUAUGAAUCGAGGAACUUCGCCACAGCCAUGCAGGUCCUCGGAGGUCUGGAGAACGUGAUUGUCAGGCAAUUGCCAGCUUGGAAACAUCUGUCGUCCAAGGUGUUUGAGAUACUGGAGGAGCUACGAGCUGUGCAGGUGUUUCUGAAGAGCGACGACCUGUGUCUCAUGGGAGGGGAGCACUCCAGAACGAAGCCCACCCUGCCGCCGGCACACAUCCUGGCCAUGCACGUCCAGCAGCUGGAGAUUGGAGCGUUCACACUCACUACUGGAGCCUACAAGUGGACCAAGCUCAGGAGCAUAGCAAAGGUCGUGAGUCAGGUCCACGCCUUCCAGGAGGCGAUGUACUCUUACAGCCCGGACCGGGAGCUGCAGGCCUACCUCCGGCGCCGAAUCGCCCGCCUCGCCAACUCCGACAUCCACCUCUUGGCCGCCGACAACGAUGCCAACUUCCAGCAGUCCAGCGAGCGACAAACGCGGAGAAUCCAGGACACGCUGAGGCGAGUCAAGGCCACGUUCCAGUGAGUCCUGGGCCAGUCAUACCUCAUAGUCCUGAGUGACUGAGUCACCGCCGACAGGUCAACACAUCAUGUCCAAGCCCAGACCGAGGCUCUGUGCCCCUGCAGGCACAACCCUCAGAUGUCUCUGUUGUCCCGUCACCAGAGCCUUGUAGACUGGGAAAAUGAUGUUGUGUGUCCACUAUUCCCCCUAACCUCAGUCAGUAAUGUCAAUUUAGACAACAUAGGUUCGGCUGUAAGUCAGACAGCAACUCAUUUUUUUCGGGGCCCCUGGCAGGUUAAUCUACACUUGUCUAACAUUCAAAUAAAAUCGAUUUGAUGUCGCUGAAUUGGAUUUGACUUUUCAGAAAGCGCAGAAUACCGCAGAAUGUUUUAAUUAACUGAACAGUUGACUGAUCAUUGAUUUUGUUUAACCUACAACCGGUAGAUCUGUUUGUUGACCACAUAGAAGUUUACCGAAUUAGAUUUAUAUGACUAGAUUGGUCAUUAAUAUCUCCUAUUAAUUCAAUUUUACAGAACACAAUGUGACAUAAUUGCCUUCAUCACCAGUAGUGCGUCGUGAAGGGUAAAAGCCAAACCAGCUGGCUGUCAUGACAAUACCUUCCCAUUACAGAAAAAAUUGAUAGAACAUAAUGAUAUGUCAGUGUGCAAAAUGUAAUUUCACGAAUGACUUUAGGUCUGGGUCUUUUUUUUUCUAUUUUCCUGCCCACUCUCUCUCUCUCUCUCGUCCACGCUUUUCUGCCCCGAAACACACCGUGGAGAUUGAAUGUGACGUGCUAUGACGAUCUGCUUAAUUUGGCCAAAUAAACGAGAUUUCAUAAGCUC